CCUUUCUUACCUAAACAAAACUCUUGUGUCAGAGUGUGUUUAUUUGAACUGUUCGUUGACUCUUCGUAGUUUUGAAAGUCUUGUGUCAGAAUGUGUUGAAACUUUAGUCUUUUUGAAUGUUGAAACUCCUUGUCCCAGGGCGUGCUGUGUAGAAACUGCUCAUCAUUUCAUUACAACUUUAUUUGUUUAUUUCUGAACCUAAAAAAUACAUUCAUUUCUUUUCAUCUCUUGUCUUCAGUGGCCACCAACUUUGUGUUUGUCUGUAACUCUGGGCAUUGUACAGCUUUAUAGAAGAACGAAAACCUCCAGGAGGCAAGCUGUUUAUAUCUGUAGACAAUACUAGACAUAUGUACUACAGGCUGCAUGGAGAUUAUUUUAUAAAGAAUACCAUUGUACUUUGUUUCACCUAUGCACACCUGUGACUAAAUGAACGAGCUGAUGAGAUGCAGACGUCAUCCAGUGUGAUAGUUAAGCAGGUCGUACACAAGGCUGACACGGGACGAAAUCGAGGCCGACAUUGAUCAAUGCAUUUUACUAUAUUAUUACGUCAUCAAUAUCUGUUGUUCUAUAUACGUUACUCAUUCACGAGGAGAGUAAAUAAGGUCACAUGAGCUUGAAACAAAUAACAGCGGUGUCCUUGUGUUGAUAUGCAGGACAAAAUGGUGACGUAUUUAUUGAUGUGUUCUACAGUGCUAUGGAUAAGUGGGGGUUGGGUCGGCGCUAGGACAUUUUUGCCACCAUCGUGGAAGAAUGUCUGUAACAUCAAUAUUACGCGCUUGGGGCUCGCUCCUGAUGCGAGGCCUUCUGAUGGUACCACGGUGGUGGAGUCCAACUGCACCAUCAGGCCUUCUGACGCACACCCUUGGCGACUAAAUGACUUGAAAAACUGGACUCUCCAUGAGAAGAUCAACCUCAAUACAGUCCCCGGCAAGAGGGAGAUCGUGUACAAGCUUAGGGUGACCUGCGAGGGCGGCGCCAACAUUUCUCUCCCUUGGCCGAUGAAGAUCACGGGCCUUGAAGAGCUAGUUGUCUCCUCCUGUGUCUUGCUGGAUCGUUACGCCAAUUUCAGGAACCCUGUCGACGUCGACCAGCCCGAUGAGAUGCGGAUUCUUGAUCUUCAUGAUUCACAAUGGUUGGUGGGUAAAACCAAUGACAUACUGUCGCAGUCACAAGGUUCAAUGAACAUCAACAUAUCCGACACAUACGAGUGCGGCCAUGAUGACACACUGGAGAUUUUCAUCCUCAGGAACAUUUCAGACAUCCUAGACACGGACAUCUUGACUGUUGAAAUCCCGCUGAACAGAAGCACCACUACCAAAAAAGUUGCAGAGCUUAUGAAUCCGCUUCCAGGUGAGCUCGUUGACGACGUCAAUGUUUCCGGCACGGUAAAGCCCGAAACGAGGCUGAUGAAGGACGCCGAGAAAGUCAUCUCAGACCAGAUCAAUUCCAAUACAGAUGUACUUAAGGCCAAACUGCUGCAGCAGAACCUUCAGAAGUCAACCCCGAAGAGCAACACAAGUGAUGCUCGAGUAGCUGAAGAGAAUUUCUUGGAUCUUCUGCAGAAAGUCUUUAACACUAGAGCACAGUGCAAUUACAUCAAGCUCAGGCACUUGGAUGAAAGCGUGGCGAUACUUACCCCCGUAACUCUUUUCGAGUUCCUCGUCAAGGAUGCCCUUUACCCAGUGCUCGAGCAUAUGAAUUUUUCCACUAUCGGGAUUACCACUUUCCCUCGGGAACUUUCCGAGUGGCGGCGGUUUUUCCCGAAGCUGACUUACAUAGACUUGUCCAACAAUUUCAUCUCGCAGGUGCAGUUCCAGAAUUUUCCUUCCAAGAAAGACACCGGGGUGGUGACAUUCAAUCUGCAACGCAAUAACAUUACCGUGAUCAAUAUGGAUGUGUUGAAUUCAUGGGCGGAUAUAGAAAAACUGGAGGUGGAUAUAAGAAACAACCCGAUCCACUGUGGAUGUGAACUGGAAAGCUUCUUGCCCCAUCUCCAGGAUACAACUACAUUCAUUGGAAGACUUGCUCCGUAUGAGUACGUCAAGGAAAUGGAGUGUUCGACUCCUGACGCUCUUAAAGGGAGAAAACUUUAUUCCUUAGUACACUCUUCUCUCCCUUGCCCCGUGUAUGAAAACCAUCAAGUCGCUCUGAUAGCGCUCGGGGUCACGCUGUCUUUCUUGCUCGUCCUUGUCAUCAUUCUCGUCCGGUACAAGUUUGAGAUUCGGAUCCUGCUCUACACUCGCCUUCACGUGCGUCUCCCCUGCGAUGCAGACGAGCUGCGCCACAGCAAGACGUACGACGCCUUCAUAUCUUAUAGUAAUGACGAUGACAGCUGGGUGUUCGAGAACUUGGUCAAGUUCCUGGAGAACUCGUCCGUUCCCACCUCCAGUCAGCCUACCAGCAACGGAACCGCCCAUGCCAAGGAUAUUGAGAGCAAGCAAAGGCCGAACAGCGCCAAAACAAAGCCGUUCAGGCUUUGCAUCCACCAGCGAGAUUUCGUUCCAGGGAAAACAAUCUUUGACAAUAUCGUGGACUCCAUAGAGGCCAGCAGACACACCAUCAUAGUUCUCUCCCCUAGUUUUAUGAAGAGCCACUGGGCUAUGGAAGAGUUGCGGCAGGCGUACCGGCAAAGUCUGGUAGAGAAAACUCGACAUUUAGUUGUCCUAUUGCUUCACAAGGUCCCAAAAGAGGAAAUGGAUCCACUGAUAGCUCGCUGUUGUAAGACGUUCACCUACCUGGACGUGAAUGACACACUGUUUAGAGACCGUCUGAUAUUUUCACUCACCACGAAAGAUAACAGUACCAGGAAGAGAGACAAAUUGAUGUCCAAAAGAAAGUCUGCGGCCAAACAUAACAAGCGUCCAGAGCCUCCCUCACCGGCCCAGCUUGAGUCAGGGGCCUACGACAACGUGGCAUACUUCCCUCCAGCCUCACGUCCACCAGAUUCGAACCGUAGGAUGUCCAGCCAUUUGUCCAGUGCCCCCAAUUCGUCAGUGAUCCAAAAUGGAUCCAAAGAAAAGAUAACUCCAAAUUCAUCUCAACGCAUAGACUCAACAACUUCCUCCCAGAUGGAGUCUGGAGUGUAUGAUAGCAUCGUGUAUUAUCCUCAGGUCAGCCAUCCUCCAGAGCCACUUAGGGUACUGUCCAACAUGUCCACCUCGUCCACGUCCUCCCUCAUUCGAUAAGUCGCCUUCCUAUGAUCAUCUUUGUACUCGGACAUAUUCACAUUGAAUUGACCUUGACCCCCCUGCUUCUUUGAUGAAGAAGUUCUUCAGAAAGAGCUUCACAUUUGCUGCAGAAGGAAUCGUAACAAUGUCAGAGCAAGAGAUCGAGAAGACAAGUAAUAGAUGGUCUCUGUGGACAUCAGUAAAUUCAGUGAUUGACUGGAGUGAUACAAACAAUAAUGUUUGCUAGUCGUGGACUCUUGAGAGAGACGGAAAGUCUGGGCAAAACAUUUCUCCAAAUGCAAGAGACUUAGAACAAAGUUCAAAUCUGGACAAGAGCGAUGUGAAAUCGUAAGACAUUCACUGUGCGAUUCUUUCUCGGAGGUUUGUGAUGUUAGUAAGUGCUUCUUACUUUCCUUCGUAUCAUGCAGACCAACUUUGCUCUUUCGAAAAUUGACACUGCAUGCUACUGAUUCCAAUUAUGCAGCAUUUGCAGAUUAAGGUCUGAACCCGUGAUUCUAAGCCAAGUGCUAUACAGCCAUUUCAUUUCCACUUCAAUUGCAACGAAAAUAUCUGCUGUUUUUUCAAUUGACUUGUUUCUAUUAACUAUGUAGGUUGUUUUUUUACUGGAUACAGGAAACAUUAAGUGACCUUAAGUCUAGUCAUGUAAUUUUAUUCAUGUUUUUUAAAACCUAGAUCUAUGUUUAUCAAAACAUUUUUUUGUGGCUGACAAAAGAUCUAAACGAGAAAAGGAGUCAACUUCAGAUCUCCGGAUCUUUACUUUACCAAAUAUAUCUAAUAAUCGAGAUUAAAGGAUGAUUUAAUUGUCAAUUGUUUAUAUUGUAGACGUUCUGAAAUUGAGAUUAGUGCGUCCUAAUUUUCUACAAGUUGUUUUUAUAUAUUUGCCAUGAUGACUAUUUAGCGGAAGUUCAUUGCCUCACAUAGAUCAUUGUAUCACAAAGGGAGAGGGGAGAUCAUUGUAUCACAAAGGGAGAGGAGAGAUCAUUGCCACGUGUAGGGAGAGAUCAUAAAGUCAUCUAUAGAAAGAUAAAUCAUCAUCUUUGUAUGUACUACAGAAAGUUUGUACGUGAUCUGAUUAGAUUAUUUAUGUACAGCUGUAUAUUGUCGCAUACAAUUAUUGUUGCAUCUGUAUAGAUUAGUAUUCGCAUGACAUAAUUCGCUAAGAUUUAUGAAUAUGCAAACAACUUUGAGAAUGUUCUAUUAGUUUAAACUAUGUUCACAAAAUGCUCGAGUAAAAUAACAUCUAUAUCCCAA